AUGUCAUACGCUGAAGCUGCUAAAUCAUCAGGUCCAAUUGGUGCUGAAAAAAUCCCAGAACCACCAACUAUCGAAAAGUCACAACCUGAAGGUAACAUUGAAGUCAUCCCAGAAUCUAAGUUAAGUGAAUUCCAAACUAACGACAAACAAAAGAUUGAUUUGUCUAAAGUAAAAGAUUUCAGUAAAGAUGUUGAAAAGGAAAUUGAAGAAGCCAAAGCAAGAGGUGAAGACUUGUUAUCAAAACUUUACAAAAAUUUGAAAGCUAGCUUCACUAAAAUAAAUUCAAAAGUUUAUGAUUUAGGUAUUACCACUAAGACUGAAACUGUCAAAUUCAGUGAAUUCGCUUUGAACGAAUUAAAAAACCCAGUUGUUGUUAUUCAAGGUUUAGUCGGAGUUUCUGCUAUUGUUGCCGGUUACUUUGGUUAUUUAGAAAGACAUCGUGUCAAUUACAGUAAUAACUUAACUUUGGGUAUUCACGCUUCAAUUUUAACUGGUUUAGUUUUAGCUGAUGGAUAUUUAUUCAACAAAUUCUAUCCAAAAUAUAAAUAG